AUGCCUCGCUUCACUUUGUCGUUCUGCGCCUCGUACGUCACCUCAGGUGGCAUCGCGUACCCACUCUUGGUGGAGCUGGCACUCGUCUCAAAGGUCGUUAGUGUGAGACUGCUCGUCGCGCUCGUAAGGCCAGGAGGAGGCGGUAGCAUCCGUGUUGGUUACCGAGCUGACCGGAGGGGUCCAGUAGGAAUAACCCGACGUGGAGCUGCUGGGGUUGAGCUUAGAGAACUCUCGGAGGCUGAGAGUGUAGAAGAAGUCUCGACCUCAGAGCUGAACUCGCUGCUGGAAGAGGCUGGGGCGGUGGAGGAAGAGGGGAAGGUGGUGUACUCCGUCUCACUGUACAUGGACGAGCUAGAUACUUCGGGGGUCUCAGAGCUGGUCGAGCUGACAGACGUGACAGGAGAGUCGGAAGAGGAUGUGUCAGAGGGUGUUACUGUCGGGACGGGCGUCUCGAUAGUACCAGAAUCACUGGUCAACGACUCCGAUGGCGUCUCGGAAGGCAAGACGAAGCUGCUAGUGCCUGAAGUUACCGACUCAGUGUACGAAACAAGCUCAGAGUCCGUGGAUGAUUCGCUGAAUGAGGAAGACCAGUACGAAUAG